CAAGGGCAAUAUGUUUAGUUUUAUGACGUUGCAAGAGUUUUUGAAAAAAUGUGGUCAAAAGACGUUCAUCGCGGCGAUCGCAGUUAUUCUAGGUGGCAUAUACAUGGGGAAGAAGAAGGCAGCGACGAGAAGGCGAUUGGUGAUGUUUCGUGAUAGCGCGUUGGACAGGCGGCAAGAUUCCGCGGAUGUGAAAAUGGCGCUCGCAGAGAAACUCCAUACAGUCGACGAGGCUGUGUUAUUCAAACGUUCAAAGAUCAUUGAAAUGUCACUGAGUGAACUGAGUAAAGCUUUGAAAUCUGGUUCUUUAUCUGCAGUAGAAGUUUUACAUGCAUAUCAAGCCAAGGCAUUAGAAUGUACCAGUCAGAUUAACUGUGUAACUGAACCAAUAAAUGAAGCAGAGGAAUGGGCAAAAGAACUUGAUGCAAAUGGAGACAAAAGUGGAAUUCUUUAUGGUAUACCAGUCAGUGUCAAAGAGUGUGUGUAUCUUAAGGGAUAUGACAGUCAUUUUGGUAUAUCCAAAUACAUUGGUAAAAUAUGUACUGAAGAUCAUGUCAUAGUUCGAGUGUUAAAAAAGGAAGGAGCCAUACCAUUUAUGAGAACCAAUGUACCACAAACUAUGCUUAGUUUUAGUUGUAGUAACCCAGUAUAUGGAGAGACAUUGAAUCCACACGAUUGUGAACGAUGUCCCGGUGGUUCUUCUGGAGGUGAAGGUGCUCUAAUUGGUAUGCAUGGAUCACAGAUUGGAAUUGGUUCCGACAUAGCUGGAAGCGUACGUGUCCCGGCACACUUUUGUGGCAUUUGUUCCCUGAAACCAACAAAAAACAGGAUAAGUGAACAAGGAGAACCGUCAGUUAUUGGUGGUCAAAAAGGUCUAUCUGGACUCAAUGGUGUAAUGGCUCGUGAUGUUGAUGGUGUGGUUUUAACAAUGAAAGCUUUGUUAACAUCUGAGAUGUUCAGACUUGACAGUAGUCUUCCUCCUAUUCCGUUCAAUGCAAAGAAAUUUUCAGAUCAAAAGGUUAUGAGAGUUGGUUACUAUGACGAUGAUGGUUACUUCACCCCUGUUCCUGCAUGUAGACGUGCUGUGUCUGUGGCUGUAGAGGCUCUCAAAUCAAGAGGACAUACGUUAAUUCCCUUCAACAUCCCAUUGCUUAGUGGUGAUAAUAAUGAUGAAGAGGAUGAUACAGCUGGAAAUCAUGUAUUUGAACUUUUGCAUGCAGACGGAAACAAAGCCUGGCUCUCUCACCUAGAGGGAGAAGCAGUUGAUAAACACUUGUCAACACAGUUACGAUACUCCAUUCACCCAUCAUUUAGUAGAAGAUUACGCCGGCCUUUCAUGUCUAGACGAAUGUUAAAUUAUUAUGAGGCAUGCUGCAGUGGAGAUAAAAGUACUUCUCAGAUAUGGUCUGAUUACAAGAAACUUACUGAAUAUUUCUCUAAGUUUGUGAGUGCAUGGAAGGAUGCUAAUAUUGAUGUACUUAUUGGUCCUGGAUUUGGUAUAACUGCAUGUUCUAAUAAAUAUGCAGCAAAACUUUUUUGUCUAGCUGGUACAACUGCAAUCUACAAUAUACUAGAUAUCCCAGCAGGCACUGUUCCUGUUACCCAGGUAACACAAGAAGAUGAAGAUAACUUAGCAACCAGGUUUGAAGUUAAAGAUGAAUGGGACAGACUGGCUAAGGAGGCAUGUACUGGAUCUGUGGGAAUCCCCGUUGGAGUGCAGUGUAUCGCUUUAAAAUGGCAAGAAGAACUUUGUUUAAAACUAAUGAAGGAAGUGGAAGAAGGUGUCAAAGCAAUCAAUAACAAAACUGUGACCACUGGAUACAGUGUGUGUGCACCAAUUACCACAAAGACUGUCACCACUGGAUACAGUGUGUGUGCACCAAUUACCACAAAGACUGUCACCACUGGAUACAUUGGGUGUGCACCAAUUACCACUAAGACUACUACCACUGGAUGCAGUGUGUGUGCACCAAUUACCACAAAGACUGUCACCACUGGAUACAGUGGGUGUGCACCAAUUACCACAAAGACUACUACCACUGGAUACAGUGGGUGUGCACCAAUUACUACAAAGACUACUACUACUGGAUACAGUAGGUGUAAACCAAUUACCACGAAGACUACUACCACUGGAUACAGUGGGUGUGCACCAAUUACCACUAAGACUACUGCCACUGGAUACAGUGGGUGUGCACCAAUUACCACUAAGACUACUUACUACCACUGGAUGCAGUGUGUCUGUGCCAAUUAUCACAAACUGCCACCACUGGAUAGAGUGAGUGUGCACCAAUUACCACUAAGACUACCACCACUGGAUACAGUGUGUGUGCACCAAUUACCACAAAGACUGUCACCACUGGAUACAUUGGGUGUGCACCAAUUACCACUAAGACUACUACUACUGGAUACAGUGUGUGUGCACCAAUUACCGCAAAGACUACUACCACUGGAUACAGUGGGUGUGCACCAAUUACCACUAAGACUACUACCACUGGAUGCAGUGUGUCUGUGCCAAUUAUCACAAACACUGCCACCACUGGAUACAGUGGGUGUGCACCAAUUACCACUAAGACUACUACCACUGGAUACAGUGGGUGUAAACCAAUUACCACUAAGACUACUACCACUGGAUGCAGUGUGUCUGUGCCAAUUAUCACAAACACUGCCACCACUGGAUACAGUGGGUGUGCACCAAUUACCACUAAGACUACUACCACUGGAUACAGUGGGUGUAAACCAAUUACCUCAAAGACUGCCACCACUGGAUACAGUGUGUGUGCACCAAUUACCACAAACACUGCCACCAAUAUUGAACAGUAGCUUUCUUUUCAUUUGA